AUGGGUAGAUGGAAUGUGACCAACGUGCCUGGCUUCAUCCUUAUGGGGCUGACAGAUUCUGCUGUGGCAAAGCUGAUUCUAUCAAUGCUCUUCCUCUUGAUUUACCUGAUCACGUUGCUGGGGAACGCAGGGAUGAUACUGAUUAUUCACCUGGAUCCCCAGCUGCACACCCCCAUGUACUUUUUCCUCACUCACCUGUCAUUUCUCGACCUCAGCUACUCAAGUGUCAUCACCCCUAAAACCUUACAGAACUUACUGACUUACACCAAGAGCAUCUCCUUCCUUGGAUGCUUUACCCAGAUGUACUUUUUUAUUGUAUCUGUUGCGACAGAAUGUUACCUUCUCUCCUCCAUGGCCUAUGAUCGCUAUGUAGCUAUCUGCAACCCCCUGCACUAUCCAGUCAUUAUGUCCACAAGACUGUGCUGUGCUCUGCUUGCUGGCUCCUAUGUUAUUGGUUUUUUUGAUUCCACUGUGGUUGUAGUUCUCAUGAGCAGACUGGACUUCUGCAAGUCUAACGUCAUCCAGCACUUCUUCUGUGACACAUCCCCAUUUUUAGCCCUGUCCUGCAGUGACACUUCUGAGGUUGAACUCUUUAUACUGAUUUGUGCUGGAUCUAAUUUAAUUCUUUCCCUCAUUAUCAUAUCUGGAUCCUAUCUGUCCAUCCUCUCCACUAUUCUGAAAAUUAAUUCCACUGCUGGAAAGAAAAAAGCCUUCUCCACCUGUGCCUCUCACCUCCUGGGAGUCACCAUCUUCUAUAGCAGUAUGAUUUUUUCUUACCUAAAACCGAAGACGUCCCACUCCUUGGGAAGGGAUCAGGUGGCUUCUGUAUUUUAUACAAUUGUGAUCCCCAUGCUGAACCCUCUCAUCUACAGUCUCAGAAACAAAGAGGUGAAGAAGGCAGCCCUGAGAGUCCUGCAGAACAGAAGAGGCUUCUAG